GCUGUGAAUAUUUUUGGACAAUUGUCGGUGUUUUACACCAGUUUCUUUAUUAUCUUUAAUUUAAACAAAUAUACAACUUCGUGGCUUGGCGUCAGAAACCCAAUUCACGGUUUUAAACCUGUUAUCAAAAAGACAGAAUGGCGUAUGGACUAGCUUUAUAGGUCCACUGAGCCAAAAGAGCACCAAACCAAACCAUAUAUAAAUAUUUUCUACUUAGCCAUAAGGGCACCAAACCAUAUAUAAAUAUUUCACUCUGAUUUUCCUUCAACACAUGAAAAUAUAAAUUUCAAGUUUUCAUAGACACGUUUGUUUACUCAAAUUCCAAUUUACUAAACAAUGUCUUGUAAUAUGUCAUCAAUUAUCAAGCAUAAGUUUUGUUUUGUUUUGGUAUUUUUGAAGUUUAGAAGUGUACUACACUGACGUUAUUGUUUGAAUCCUUUAGAAUACACAAUAUUUCCAUGAAUAUUUUUUGUAUAAUCUCUUGAAAUGGAAGAAGAGCACUUUUUUCAGGCAUUUCUCAGUUCCCAAGAAGAGAUUAAUUUUCAAGUGCUAAGUACUGUACCAAUUGUCUCAAUUUCUCUUUUAUUUGGAGUGCUUUUGGAAAUUACUGGAAUAAUUUUUAUAUCUGUCUGGCCAGAAGAACAGAAUAAAUGCAACACAUAUUUCAUAUACUUGUAUCUCCACUGUGCUUAUUGGCUGGUGGUCAUGGUGGCAGACCACUUGGUCAAGACAAAGCAUCACAAGUUGCGUAUUAAUGGAUAUUUAGAUUUUUAUCAGACAACAUACCGGCUUAUAAGAAUACCCUUCUUCAUCACGUCGCUAUGGAACACAUGCUACCUAUUCUUAACUGUGAUUCUACAUCACACACAUAAAGUCGAUUAUGAGAAAUACUGCAGAAUGUCAGAAUGGUUUACACCCCUUAAUUACAUCUUUCUACUAACUAGCAUAGAACUUGUAAUUAUUUUGCCAGCUUAUGUUAACUACAUCAAGAGUGUUAUGCAAUUCAAUCGAUUGCGUCUACCGCCUGACGUCACUCGCGACGAAUGGAUGUCACCGAUUACGCAAAAUUCUUAUGCUGGAAUGGGUGAGGUCGGUUAUCAUCAAAGAGGAAUAGACUUAGAAGAGCUUCUGGAGAAGCAGGCAGACUUAAUUAGAUACCUAAAAGAUCAUAAUGUUAAACUAAGUCAUAGAAUAAUGUUGUUAGUGUCUCAGCAAAGAGAAGCGCAAAGUGAAGCUUGAAAUCAUGAUCGUAUACUAUAAAUAUAAUUCGACUUCAAAACAAGUAGUUUUUUUACUGACACUUUUUUAUUUUGAAUAUUUGUGUUCAAUGUUUAUCAUUAGAUCAAGUGUAUUUGCAUAUAUGUACAAAUUUUUAAACAGCAGCAUGUUUUCAUGAAUGUUAUCUCAAAUGACAGAUUUGAGACACUAACAGACGUUGCGUAAUGAUAAAAAACAUUUUUAGACACUUAUUUUUGUGAACAUCCCUGAUAGUUAUCUGUCUGUGUUUUUGCUGUCAUGUUGACGAAAUCAAAGCGUUUGAGUUUUCAGCAAACUUUGAACAAAAUGAGUCAGGCAUUUGUCUUUGGUUUGACAUCAGACGUAGUCAACAUGUGUUGCCGACACCUUGCCGUGUAUUUGCUGUCAACGGUUUAUCACUAACCUAACAUAAAGAGCAACAUAACAAGUUGUCAACAACACGUGCCGAGUCAUAAAUUUUAGCAAAAAUGCAAUAUGUCUGUAAACCGGAUGAAUAUAUACAGGGUGUCCCAGAAUUAGUGUAACAUCUCUUGUAGGCAAGUAAAAGGAAUAAAACUGAGUCAAAAA